CUGACGUCUGCAGCAGCCAUGGGUUCGCUGAAGGAUCCGCAGAGAAAGAAGAAGAUCGUGAUCGGUGUCCUGGCUGUUUCCGUUGUGACUCUGAUCCUCGGGCUCGGACUCGGUCUAGGAUUGGAUCUGCAGAGAUGUUUAAACAAAGUCGUCCCACAUUCAUCCUGCAGGAACCGAUGCUAUCAGCCCUAUGACGAGAUCCCAGGGUGCAGAUGUGAUGAGAACUGUAUCGCCAGCAGCAGCUGCUGCCGUGACUACCACGACAUCUGCAAAGCCCCAUCCGAGCUGUGGGAGUGCACGAGGCUGCGAUGUGGAGAGACGAGGCUGAAGCAGAGCAACUGUCACUGCUCCGAGGACUGUGUGUCUGCAGGAGACUGCUGCACCAACUACAAACAUGUCUGCCACGGAGACACACCCUGGGUGCAGGAGGAGUGUGACGACCUGUCGGCCUCCACGUGUCCAGCACAUUUCAAGCAGCAGCCGCUGCUCCUCGUCUCUUUGGACGGACUGAGGGCUGAAUACCUGCAGACGUGGGGAUCUCUCAUCCCUGUUCUGGACAAACUCAGACGGUGUGGAACCUCCGCCCCGUACAUGCAGGCAGCAUUUCCCAGCAAGACUUUUCCUAAUCACUACACCAUUGUUACGGGUCUCUACCCGGAGUCAAAUGGUUUGAUCGACAACAGCAUGUACGACCCGGUGUUUGACGCCAGCUUCAGUCUGUCCAACUCAGAGAAGGACAACCCCGCCUGGUACCUGGGACAACCUAUUUGGCACACAGCAAAGUACCAGGGCCUGAAGUCUGGGACGUUUUUCUGGCCUGGAUCAGAUGUUAAAAUCAACGGCAGCUUCCCAAACAUCCACAGGCCGUACGACGGCAAAGUGCCGUUUGAAGACAGAGUGUUCACCGUGCUGAAGUGGCUGCAGCUGCCCGACGACCAGAGGCCAGACUUCUACACUCUGUAUCUGGAGGAGCCGGAUAAAUCUGGACACAGCUUCGGUCCAGUGAGCGGGGGGGUGAUCGACGCCAUCAGGGGCGUGGAUAAGAUCAUGGGUCAGCUGAUGAACGGCCUGAAGCAGAUCGGCCUGCACCGCUGCGUCAACAUCAUCGUUGUGGCCGAUCACGGUAUGGAGGACACGAGCUGCGACAGGAAGGAGACGAUGGAGUCGCUGGUGGGCGACAUCGAGGGCUACUGGGUCAAUGAGGGGCCGUUCGGACGCAUCAGGGCCAAAGACAAAGACGCAGUCAUUGACUCAGCCGGACUUGUUGCCAACAUGACCUGUAAGAAACCGGAGCAGAAGAUCAAACCGUACCUGAAGGCCAACCUCCCGAAGCGCCUCCACUUCGCCAACAGCCGUCGCAUCGAAGACGUCAACGUCCUGGUGGAAGCAAAGUGGCUGUUUGAGAGAUAUCCUGGAUCCCUCAAAUUCUGCUCCGGUGGAACUCACGGCUACGACAACGAUGUUGAGAGCAUGCAUGCCAUGUUCGUCAGUUACGGACCAAAGUUUCUGAAUAAAACAGAAAUCGAACCUUUCUCCAACAUCGAGCUGUACAACCUCAUGUGUGACGUUCUGCAGAUUUCUCCCACAGACAACAACGGGACCCACGGCAGCAUGAACCACCUCCUGAGGCAGCCCUACUACUCGCCAGCGCCCCCUGCAGAGCAGAGCCAGCCCGCUCAGUGUCCGCUGGUCGGCCUGGACCCCGCGGACGAGCUGGGAUGCGCCUGUCCUGCUCUGAACGGAAACGCCAUCAACAGUCGUCUGAAUCUGACGGAAGAAGCAGAGUCGGCUGCAGAGAAGAAGCACGUGUUGUUCGGUCGACCUCGGAUGCUGCAGCCCGGUCGGAGCUACUGCCUCCUCCACCAGGAGGGAUUCAUCAGCGCCUACAGCUCCGACGCCCUGAUGCCUCUGUGGAGCUCCUUCACCAUCGACAAACCCAUGGACUCAGAUCCGCUGCCACCGGUGACAAGGAACUGUCUGAGGGCCGAUGUCAGACUUCCUGUGUCCCACAGUCCGAGAUGUGACCAGUAUGAAGCAGCUGGGAAUCUAACCCACGCUUUCCUGUACCCACCUA